GUGAGAGAGCGUUUUUACGAGAAUUGGGUAAUUCGGUGGAAUAUAGCACAGGGACACACACACACACAUGCAGUGUAGGAACACUGUCUCCCUAGUUUAGUUUCUCCGAGGCUAAUGAUUUCCGCUUUUCAUGUGUUCGACACAUAGAACUACUGGUUUGGCAGCUGAAGUAUUGGUUUAUUGUUAAUGGAAUUGGAUUUUUUCUGUCUAAGCAUGCGUAUCCCAUUGCCGCCACCAGUUUUUCGAGUAGUCUUGACCCCGCUUUACCCGGUACACAGCAGUUGUGUGAUAUUGUCAAAAAAUUGCCGCAAAAUUUCGAGAUCGUCGUUGCUUUCUGUUCGUUUUCGUUCAUCGUCUUGCGCUGCUCUGGAUGUUGUCACAAAACAGCCAUUAACUGGUUCGGCUUCUGACCAUGUCGAACGGCCAGAGUUUCGGCUUCAUGGUGGGUUUCAGGUAACGCCCGCAAGAUUGCCAGAAAAUAAUGGAAAAAGUACAACUCGGAGGAAGUUUGAUAGGUUGGGCAAUGGACAGAUUGGGUGUGUAGAUAGGAAAGAGAGGCUUAAAUGGUAUUCAGAAAUGCUUAGAAAUUCUACUCUGAACUUGUCUUCGAAGGAGGGGAAAGCAAUUCAUGGGCAUUUGGUGAAAAAAGGGAUAGACCCGGACAUGCAUUUGUGGGUUUCACUGAUUAAUUUUUAUGCUAAGUGUGGCGACUUGAACUUUGCACGCCAGGUGCUUGAUGAGAUGCCUGAAAGGGAUGUUGUGUCUUGGACAGCUCUGAUUUCUGGCUUUGUGGCUGAGGGGUAUGGCAGUGAUGGUGUUUAUUUGUUUGGUGAAAUGCGGAAAGAAGGUAUUAGACCAAAUGAGUUUGCCUUGGCAACUUCCCUGAAAGCUGGCACCUUGUGCUUAAAUGUAGAGUUUGGAAAACAGGUACACGCGGAGGUUAUUAAACUCGGGACCUUUUCAGAUAUUUACGUUGGGUGUGCUCUUGUGGACCUUUAUGCGAAGUGCAGUGAGAUGGAAUAUGCUGAUAAAGUGUUCUGCUGCAUGCCAGAACAGAAUGUUGUGUCAUGGAAUGCAUUGCUUAAUGGAUAUGCUCAUAUGGGUGACGGAGAAGAGGUUUUGAAACUGUUUUGCAAGAUGACAGAAUCAAAAAUGAAGUUCAGCAAGUUUACUUUGUCUACCGUCCUAAAGGGUUGUGCUAACUCAGGAGAUCUUGGAGCAGGCAGGGUUGUGCAUGCUAUGGCAAUCAAGAUUGGGUGUGAGUUUGAUGAAUUUGUGAGUUCUAAUCUUGUAGAUAUGUACUCUAAAUGUGGGCUGGUAGAUGAAGCUCUUAAAAUAUUCACCAGGAUGAGAGAUCCUGAUAUAGUGGCAUGGACUGCAAUGAUCAGUUGUCUUGACCAGCAGGGGCAGAAACCAGAAGCUGCAAAGCUUUUUGGCUUGAUGAGGAAUUUUGGUGUGAGUCCAAAUCAAUUUACCCUAUCUAGUCUUGUUAGUGCUGCCACUGAUCUAGACCAACGAUAUUGUGAAAGCAUUCAUGCUUGUGUAUAUAAAUAUGGAUUUGAAUCUGAUUCUUCGGUCAGUAAUGCAUUAAUCACAAUGUACAUGAAAAUUGGAAAUGUUCAUAAGGGUUUCCAUAUUUUUGAUGCAUUGGGUAGUCGAGACAUAAUUUCAUGGAAUGCCCUCUUAUCAGGAUUUCAUGAUGAUGAAACAUGUGAUCAAGGGUUGCAGAUUUUCAAACAGAUGCUUGUGGAAGGUUUCAAGCCUAACAUGUACACAUUUAUCAGCAUUUUGAGGUGCUGUUCCAGCCUCAGGAAUGUAAACUUUGGGAAGCAAGUUCAUGCCCAUAUUAUUAAAGAGAUGUUUGAUGAGAAUGCUUUCAUAGGAACAGCUCUUAUAGAUGUGUACACCAAGUGCAGGUUUCUGGAAGAUGCACAAGUGAAGUUUAACAAAUUAAAUGAACGAGACCUCUUCACUUGGACAACAAUCAUUUCUGGUUAUGCACAGACUGAUCAAGGCGAGAAGGCUAUUCAGUGCUUCAGUCAAAUGCAAAAGGAUGGAGUUAAGCCCAAUGAGUUCACCCUUGCAAGCUGUUUGAGGGGUUGUGCUGGAACAACAAGCCUUGAAAAUGGGCGGCAGCUUCAUUCCUUGGCAAUUAAGGCUGGACGGUCUAGUGAUACUUUCGUUGCUAGUGCAAUUGUUGAUAUGUAUGGAAAAUGUGGUUGUAUAGAAGAUGCAGAAACAUUUUUCAACGGCUUGAAUUCUCGUGACACUGUGGCAUGGAAUACGAUCAUAUUUGGGUACUCACAGCAUGGGCAUGGAGAUAAGGCUCUUGAAGCUUUUAAUAUUAUGUUAGAGGAAGGUUUUGUGCCCGAUGGAGUUACCUUCCUGGGUAUCCUUUCUGCUUGUAGCCACAUGGGUUUGAUCGAGGAAGGGAAAAAGCUUUUUAACUCAAUGACUGAAGUUUAUGGCAUUGUACCUUCAAUCGAACAUUAUGCUUGCAUGAUUGACAUCCUUGGUCGGGCAGGCAAAUUUUAUGAGCUCGAGAGCUUCAUUCAGCAGAUGAAACUUACACCAAAUGCCUUGAUCUGGGAGACUGUUCUUGGGGCUUGUUACAUUCAUGGAAAUGAGGAAUUUGGUGAAAGAGCUGCCAAUGAACUUUUCAAACUUGAACCACGGAUACAUUCAAAUUAUAUACUUUUAUCCAAUAUUUUUGCUGCCAAAGGGAGCUGGGUUGAUGUUGCAAGGGUUAGGGCAUUGAUGUCCAGUCAGGGUGUUAAAAAGGAACCAGCAUGUAGCUGGGUGGAGGUUGAUACUCAAUUCCAUGUCUUCUUAUCUCAAGAUGGUUCACAUCCAAAAAUCCAUGAGAUCCAUCAAAAGUUGGAGGAACUUGGACAGAAACUUACUUCAGUAGGCUAUAUUCCGAAGACGCGUUACGUGCUUCAUAAUGUGACAGACAGAGAGAAAGUGGGAAAUCUACUUUAUCAUAGUGAAAGGUUGGCUCUAGGGUUUGCCCUUAUAAGCAGCACAUCAAGUAAAACAAUCAGAAUUUUCAAGAAUCUCCGUAUUUGUGGAGACUGCCAUGAUUUUAUGAAGAUUGUUUCAGAAUUCAUUAAUCAGGAAAUCAUUAUACGUGACAUUAAACGUUUCCACCACUUCCGAAAUGGCACCUGCUCAUGUCAGGAUUAUUGGUGAUGUUGUUAUGCAAGAGUUACGGGCAUGUUCACCUACAUAAAAUUUUUGAAGCCGCAACAAUAUUGCUUGAAGUUAUGGGAGUUCUCCACCAUCCAAGUGCCUGUUUGGUCGUGCUGUGGGAUAGUUUAAGAGCACUUUAAAGUAAGAAAAUGUUUUUUUGCUUUUUGCAGGAAAUUGGUGCUUUUUGUAAAAGCACUUUCAUAGAUUUGAUUCUUAAGACAGCAGGCCACUGAUAACAUUAGAGGAAACAAUCUCCCACUGGUCCCGGCUGACAUAUUGUGGAUCAAGGGCCACAAUUUCAAACUUGAGGACUGCUAUCAGUUGCAUCGGUGGGUUCAGGCUGGCUUCAGUGUUCUUCACCAUCACCAGACAUGCAAGGGACCCUCGGCCUCUUGUUCCUUCGGGUGUCCAGUGUACAGCUAUGGCUCAUCUGAGUGUCUCCUGGGCUGAACAGGGUUAGAUGCUUCCAAAGUCAUGCUGGCAGGAAACAGGGCAUAUCCGACUCACUCAGGUUACAGUAGAUAAAGAGCAGUGUCCAGUUGAUUCAAAGGUUACCAUCACUUAUUUGCUGUCAGAUGCUGUAGUUUGUAUGAAAGUGGUUUUACCAAUCUGAACAAGCCGCAUAAACUAGGAUUAUCAGUCUUUGCAGCUUCUUGAUGCAACCCUCUAUCUGGUUGAUUCUUAUUCUUAAAUUAAAUAUCGAAGAUCAACCCAAGAAUGAAUUUUUCCUUCUCCUUUUCUUGAGUUCAGUACUUCAAAAGCAGUAGAGAAAUGUAAGUAUAUCUUGUAAAGCUUAUGUUAAUAUCUUUAGAGGCACAUUGUUGGAGAAAUCAUGUCCUCUGCAAUUACCCUAAUUUCCUUCCAGUUUUGUGACUGGCAAUUAUAACUCUUACAAUAGAUAGUUCCCGAAGAUGUAAUUAAAGAUAUUUUCUUUCCACUAGAGAAAUAUAAUCAAUUUUCAUUUUAAUUUACUGCUA